AUGCACCACAAAACUUUUCCACCCUUCAUACAUGCGCAGUCAAUGUUAUUGCACAGCAACAACGAUAAUAUGGAGCCACUCGCCAAUUGUCUCAGUCUGAUGUACAUGAUCGGCGGCAACCUACGAGGAAGCAGAAAGUUGUUCUGGAAGAACGUGAGUAUGGAGUGUGAACGGUUGCGUGAAGAGCACGCAAAGUUGAAUGCAUGGGAGUUACUCGCUUCCAUGCAAGCUCUUUCUAUCUAUCUCCUGGUCAGACUGCAAGAAGGAGAAACAGACUAUAACAACUAUGAUUACUUGAUGCUCACCACAGUCAUUGUUAUCUCAAAGGUGUUUGCUAGAACUGAAUCGGGGUGCGAUGUUGAAACGGCAUGUUCGAGCCACAAUCUGGAGAUGAACUGGAAAGCUUGGGUUUUUCUAGAAUCAAGAAGGAGAUUGGCUGUGAUCUACCGAGUCGUCGACAUGCUUGUCUACUUCGAGCCAGCGGGUAUGUGUGGCUUGCAAAAAGACCUCAUCAUCGCUCCACUACCGGCCAAGAAGCAGCUUUGGGAGGCGGAUAACAAGAUUUUGUGGGAAGAGCAAGGCAAGCGAGACAGUGCAAUCCAGGACAGUUUUGCGCUAGCCGCAAAUGGCGAGCUCGUCAAGUUGGAUCAAGGACAGUUGUAUUGUAGUAAUGGAGAGCUACGGUACCGGCUAUCAACCAACAACUCCCCAGCCUCAUCUGCAACGAACUGGGAGUAUUGGUGUUCAGGGAUGGACGGACUAGGCGGACUUGUCAUGCUUGCAGCAUCAUUGAUAGUCUAACUCUGUAUGAAAAGAGGGUGGAAAAAGAGUGAGUUCGAGCUGUUGCGUUGUAUGACCACAAGAAUAUAGACGGUCGACGAUCAUCCAGCG